ACAGUGUCAGUGUUGAGCUCUUCUCAUCUGCACGUCUCAGGAAGAGGGAACAAUGAACCUGUUGAUUUUACUUUGCAUUCUUUGUGUGACCUUUACAGGUUUGUGUGAAGGCGCUGGGGUGUUGGUUGACGAUCUGCUGAAUGCAACUGUAGGAGGGAAGGUGCUGUUCACCACAAACCUGACGACACAAGAUCCACCUGUGACUAUCGACACUGUGAUCUGGAACUUUUAUCUUAGAAACAUAAUAACCUUCAGCUCAGGUUCGAUUAGACCUGGACCAGGGUAUGAGAACAGGACCACCCUCUUCAUGUCUACUGGAUCCCUGGAGCUCAGGAAUUUAUCUCUUAAAGACAGUGGAGAAUACACUGUUAACAUUUUAACUGUUGAAACUCUGGCAGGAAACACCAAACUGAUGAUAUAUGAGCCAGUCUCCAAUGUGACGAUAACAACCAGCAGCACAGACUUGGUAGAGUUCAUCAGCUCCGUCCAUCUGUCCUGCUCCUCCUCUGGAACCUCGCUCUCCUUCCUCUGGCUGAACGGCAGCUCAGAGGUCAAAGCCAGUGACAGAGUUCAGCUCACUGGUCACAAUCUCACUAUCUUCAAUGUGACCCGUUACGACGAGGGAACGUUCAGGUGUCGUGUGGUAAAUCCUGUCAGUAACAGCACCAGUGAUCCAGUGUUCCUCUCCAUCAGCUUUGGCCCAGAAAAUACACGUUUAAAUCUGUCUCCAUCUGAACAUUAUUAUGAGGACGGCUCGAACGUCAGCCUGACGUGCUCAGCUGUCUCCAGACCUCCUGCUCACUUUCAGUGGAUUGGACUGUCUGUUUCUGGACCAGAGCUCCCACUGCUCAACCUGAAUAUGAACCAGACUGGGAACUACAGCUGUAAGGCCUUUAACAACAAAACAAACAGAAGUCAGACAUCUCAGCCUGCAUUCAUCUCUGUACUACAGAGAAUAUCAGGUGCUUCUGUCAAUUCCACAACAAACCAGGCAGUUGAGGGAAACUCUGUGAAUCUGACCUGUGAGGCCGCUGGCUCAGUCUUCAGCAGACAGUGGAAGAAGGACGGCUCUGAUCUGAUCCUGACCAACAACAUGACACUUAACAGAGAGGAGAGCGUGUUGUCUUUUCAGUCACUGAAGAGAACGGACAGCGGAAAAUAUUCCUGCAUAAUCACGAAUCCCAUCAACCGUGAUGAAGCUGAAUACAACAUGGUUGUAAACUAUGGACCAGAUGGUGUCCAAAUCACUGGUCCACGUGAGAUUAAUGUGAAAGACACCUUAACAUUAACCUGCUCCGCUGAGUCCACACCAUCGGCUACCUACACCUGGUCUCUGAACACGACAGAGAUACUCAGUGAUUCUGCCGAGUUCACCAAACCCGUCACUGAGUUUUCUGACAGUGGAUCCUACACCUGCACAGCAACGAAUAAUGUAACAGGGAGAUGGUCAACCGCAGUGCAUGCAUUGUCCGUGACAGUCAAACAACCUCCAAGAUGUAACUCUGGUUGCAUUGUUGGAAUAAUAAUCGGUUGCUGUCUGAUCCUUGGACUUUGUGCUGGUGGAUUGUAUUUUGUUUCUCGAAGAAGGAAACAGCGAAACUAUCUGUCUCAUGAAGACACCAGAACAGGUUCUACAGGAGGUGGACACCAGAACAGCCAGGCAUCGUCAAGUAAUCAGGAUGUGACCUACACAGACAUCAAUUUCUUAAGGAAAAAGGAUGGUGGGCCGGUGCAGCUGGAGUUAGAGAACAACUCUGAAUAUGCUGAGGUCAAAGUGAAAAACAGGGAUCCUGCAGAAUCCUCCACUGACGCUCAUGUGGAGCAAAUGAACAAGGCCGCUCCAUAGUCUGGUGCAAACUCUGCACAGACUGAUGCUCAGGACCCAAUAACCUGAUCCCAGUGGAUACGGUGUAACAGAGGCAGCUAAAGUGUCACCACACCAACACACACUUCCCUGUCCUCUGUCUGUUUGCAUAAUCUGUAACUGUUUUUCAAGAGUUUUUUUGCUUCAUCUGCGCUCUGUCAAUGCAAAUGUUAGUUAGUAUUGGUAUCAUAGAUUUUUGCAUAGUGUUGACACUGCUAUGCCCUAUCUUUGACAUGUACACAGAGAUCCCAGUUUGCAGCUUGGUUAAAAAUGCUUCGUUGGGCUUGUCUGAAAAACAGAAAACCAAGCUUACAAAUGCAGUUUAUAAUAACAAAUUAACAAUAGAAGCACAAGGAAUACGCAACAACGAGGGAAUUCUCCAAAGUUUAACUUGAAUGUAAAGAAAAACAAGAGUUUAUAGUCAACAUUGUAAUAAUCUCCAAGAGGUUGUUUUUUUAUACAUGUGCAAUAAAUGCCAUCAUUCUCAGGUAAGGAAAACCUGUGGCCUCAAUCAGCACAGGUUUCCAGUAAAUGUCAGUAAAGUUUAUUGUUAAAUAGAUGAUGAGGUGUAUUCACCAGGAAGCUUCAGAAGAAACAGGAAACUAAUUUGAAUAGUGGGAUGAGAAACGAGAAGCUAGUUUACGUGGUUCAUUUCUAACACCAUAUAUGGUUUCAUGUGAGAUACAAAAGAAUCCAGUUUCCCAACACAGCAGAACUUGAUGCUUCUUAGGGGAAGUUCAGUUUGUAGAUAUCACCGGUCAGAUCUGACCCCUCAGUAUUGUGCCCUGACAGUAUGUUUCUGUGUAGAGGUCCGGGAAGAUUUAAAUGUAAAUAUACAUGUGUAGAUGGAGUGACUUAAUGGCAUCUGAACUGAAGUCUUAAAAACAAACGUGUGAUUGCGUUUGAAUUAUAAUUAUAACAUGACCUAAUCCAUUUAGAGGCAGGAAGUCAUUUUAACACUUCCUCAAUUGGUCCAAAACCACUGGCUAAUUGCAAAACACGUUAUGUUUUAAAUGUGUCAACUGUUUGAGAAACCUGUGGUUUUAAAGAAGAACUUUAUCAUGUCUCCACAUCGACAGCCUGUCGUCCGGCCUCUUCCUCUGAACACAAUGUCUCAAGAACACCUCAACAGAACUCCUUCAAAUGUUUCCAGCAACCUUCACUCCGAUUCAAGGAAGAACAAAUUAGAAUCAAAGUCAAGGGUUAAUGAUGUGUCUUGACAGAAUCAUGUGAAAUUUUGCACAAGUGAUGCGAUUUGGUUUGACACAGGUCUCAACAUUAAUCUCAUCAGAUUAUUGUUCCCUGCUUUGUUCUUUUGAAAUAAUGUAAUUGUAAUAUACUGUAAAUAUUGAUUAUGGUUUACUCUUGCACUGUGCAGUUUGUUGAUUCACGCUGAAGAAAUGCUGUUUUACAACCUGAGCUCUUGAAUCAAAUUGUGUCACCAGGAUGUGACCCAAUCUGCACACACACACACACACACACACACACACACACACACACACACACACACAAAAACACACACACACAAAUACGACUGUAGUUAAUCAUUGCAAGAGAUCAAAUUCCCAUGGUUGAUCUCAGCUGCAUCAACACUUUUACCACACCACCACACCUUGUUUAUAUUGCAACGUCAUUUAUUUACCUGUAACUUCUGUGAGCUUCUGCUUGAAUCUGUCACAUGGACGUGAACGUGUGAGGAAUGUUUGACAGAAAUAGGAUUGUGAUACAUUUCCUGAUUAAUAAACUGCUGUUUUCAGUCGCUGA